UGCCGGGACCCGUCCGCGCUCACCUCGGCCGUGCAGCGGAGCAGUAGCAUGAGAGCCCCGUGCGGAGCGUGGGAGCACCGUGUGAAGUGAGUUUUCUUGAAUCAUCUAUAUGGGCCAUCUUCUCUCGAAAAAUGGUUACCGAUUGAAGAAGAGGACGCGCAAGUUGCAUCACAGAAAAAAGAAGAAGAGGAACUGCUUCCUGCAGGGGCCUUGCAUGCUGUGCUUCAUCGUUCACAGCAACAGCAGCAGUCUCGACGACGACAGCAACCAGUUGGAGGUCGGUGUCAACGGCAGCGGCUUCCAUCUCAACAGUGUCACUGGAGUCAGCCUCCCGGGUGUGGGUGGAGUUGGCAUCGGAGCAGUAGCUGCCUCGAAGCUUGCCGAGCGAUACGCAACACUCGCAUCUCCUGAGGACUGCUCCAAGUUCCUGUUGUCGCCGAGGGAGCUUUCUAUCUGGGAGGGCCAAGGCAGGAGCCUCCUAUCAGCCGUCCCUGCAAAACUGAUUCCACCUCCGGCGCUGUUUCGAACUGCUGGGGUGUCUGUGACCGUACCCAUACCUGUGCCUGGCUGCACCAGCGACUACACUGAGAUGGUGUGUAAGAGGAAGUGCUCAGAGGUGCAGAGGUGCACCCCCUGUAAGCAGCCGCGCUGUGCCUUCGCUGCCCCUGACGGAGGGCUGGAGAAUGGAGGAGUGGGGGGAGGCGGAGGAGAGACCUCCUCAAACUCUGAACCUGGCCACUGCCAUCUUCCCCUCUGUCCACUUCCCUCCUCCUCCUCCUCCUCCGCCUCCUCCUCUGCCUCUGCCUCCUCCUCUUCCUCCUCACCUGCUGAUGGCUGCUGUGGGUUAGGACUUCGUGCUGAUUUGCCGCACAGUUCAGACACGUCACCCGGCUCCCUGCAUCAUUUUGACGACUGCCAGGGGAGAAGUUCUGACGCUGGAGACCAUUUAAGUAUCAACCACCUGCCUUCCUCCAUCCUUCUAAAGGUGCUCUCCCACUUGACGGUGAAGGAGCGCUGCCUGUGUGCCUCCCUGGUCUGUAAGUACUGGAGGGACCUCUGCUUGGAUUUCCAGUUCUGGAAGCAAAUCGACCUCAGUGGCCUACAACAAGUGAACGAUGAUCUGCUGGUGAAAAUAGCUUCUCGGAGGCAGAAUGUGACAGAGAUUAACAUCUCAGAUUGCAGAGGGGUCCAUGACCAUGGGGUGUCCUCCCUGGCCUCUCACUGUCCCGGCCUGCAGAAGUACACAGCAUAUCGCUGCAAGCAGCUGGGUGACAUGUCCCUGUCAGCCCUGGCCACACACUGCCCUCUGCUGGUGAAGGUGCACGUGGGCAACCAGGACAAAUUAACCGAUGAUGCACUAAAAAAGCUGGGAGAGCACUGCAGCGAGCUGAAGGACAUCCACUUGGGUCAGUGCUACAGUAUCACAGAUGAGGGCAUGGUGGCCUUGGCUCGAGGAUGUCAGAAACUGCAGAGACUCUAUUUACAAGAGAACAAACAGGUCACUGAUCGGUCUGUGCAGGCUGUUGCAGAGCAUUGUCCUGAGCUGCAGUUUGUUGGCUUCAUGGGCUGCCCUGUGACCUCCCAGGGGGUCAUCCACCUCACAGCGCUGCAGAACCUGAGUGUCCUGGACCUGCGGCACAUCUCGGAGCUCAACAACGAGACGGUGAUGGAGGUGGUGAGGAAAUGUCGCAACCUCAGCUCCCUCAACCUCUGCCUCAACUGGAGCAUCAACGACAGGUGUGUGGAAAUCAUCGCCAAGGAGGGGAGGAGUCUGAAGGAGCUCUAUCUCGUGUCCUGUAAAAUCACAGACCACGCUCUGAUAGCCAUAGGCCAGUACAGCAGCACCAUAGAGACCGUGGAUGCUGGAUGGUGUAAGGAUAUCACGGACCAGGGAGCCACACAGAUCGCUCAGAGCAGCAAGUCCCUCCGCUACCUGGGCCUCAUGAGAUGUGACAAGGUGAACGAGGAGACUGUGGAGAGGCUCGUGGUCCAGUACCCUCACAUUGUGUUCAGCACGGUGAUGCAGGACUGCAAGAGAACCCUGGAAAGAGCUUAUCAAAUGGGCUGGAGCCCCAACACAUCGAACACUUCGUAGCUACUGUGCUGGAUCACACACAGACACACACAGACACACACACAGACACACACACACAGGUCCUUUCUGUGUACAGACACAAAAUGCAGCACAUCAAUGUUUGCUUCUCAUCCACUGUUGAAACAUGCAUGUGAACCUGUAGCUACACACACACACACACACACACACACACACACACACACAGAGGUCUGGUCCGUCACCUGUUUCAUUUCAGGCAAAUCUCCCAUUUUAAAUAUCUCAAUCAGAUAUGGGCCCCCUCAUGUUUUAUAAUUGAGAUGAUAUGCACCCACUUGUCAGUGCGUAUAGUUCUCGUCACCUUUAGGUCAGAUAACAACCUAGUGAACUGUCUUUGACUAGAGCCCAGUGCUUACUGGUGCAGACCAGUGCACUAAGGGAGAAUUCAGCCUCACACAUGUUAAGUCCUCCAUGACACAGGGAAAAAAACAUCUCUAAAGUAGUUGACCAGAAUUGUUGUGAAUGAAUAAACGAAUGGUUUGUUCCUCCUAGUGGAACCAGUGCUUCAGAACCCAGUCCACUUCCUCCAGACUGAACUCUCCUGCUGCACUGAGCUCACACAACACCGAGCAGAGACUCUGAGAUCUCAUGGAAACAUCGGAACACUUCAGUCCAGAACGCAAACCGGGCCUCGGACUUCAUUUCACAGCAUAUGGAGAGAUCUCUGAUGUGGAUUUAGUCCGUUUAGAAUUCUUCUUCUCUUUCUCGGAUGUUUAGUUCAGUGUUGGAAGCCCCUGUGGACUCACAUUCAUGGACACUGUUGCCACGGCUCCAUUUGAAGGACAGAGCUCUUUGCUGUGACUCAAUAUGCACACUGUUGUGGUACAGGAGGGGGGGGGGGGGGAUAUACAGGCCAGAAGCAGUGAAAACCCUGGUAGCUCACGGCAUUGAUUAUAAUCUAGAAGUGCAUGUUUACAUUGAGAACCUCAACAUAUGUAUUUUUUCAGCUGGAGACGGAGGCUAUUUAUGAAGUGACGCUGAAAUGAACAUCCGUGUGACUCGGGAUCCGUGCUGCUUUCUCUGCCGUGCGUCGACUUCCUGUCACCGACCGAGUUUCACCUCGAGUCCCACAGAGUGAAUGAAAGAGAUGUUGCCUUUACCCACAGACCCUGGGUCAAAUUAUCAGAGUCACAACCACCUUGACCGACACGGAGGAGGAAAUGUUGCCUUAACUGGUUGGUAAUUGAAUUAGUAACCUGUAAUCAACCCGGAAUUUACGGGAGAAAUGUUUAUCUGCUCUGCGUUUAUCAGAUUCCCCUAAACCCCAUUAUUUGAUCCCUUAUAUACAUAUAUACAUAUAAAUAUAAAAUCAUACUGUGUAGGAUAUAGUUAGACUAAUAUUGGUUUUGAGCAUAUACUUGUAACAUUAGUUAUGUAGCAUUGCAGUUGAUGGUUUUAACUUUCUUAGUGGUGUAGGAAAAACAAGAUAAAACAACUGCCCUGGGCCUCGAGCCAGAGCCAAUAGAAGUUGGUGGGGGAGAGUCGACCAUUUAUAUCCAUUCUAUAGAAACUCAUUAGUGUACAGUUCAAAUGCAAAUAACCAGGGUAUUUUUCUAUGGUGUGAACCAGAUCUGGGCUCGGCCUCCACAGUCUGUUACUCAGAUAUGAACAAUAGUUUACUGAGCUUAGGGUUUGAUUAGAACUGUAAACUUUCUACAGAAUAUAGAGACUUCAGACAAUUAAAAAAAAAACUUGUUCAUUUCACCCUUGUCAGGAUUUGUAGAUUUUACCCGACGGAGAGUUUCUCCCUCGGCCUGUUUUUGUUCUGUUUCUGUUCUUUUGUAAUCCCCACAUGCACUUUUCUUCUCUGCAUAGAUGUUGACACACUCGAUUCCUGAUUUGUUAAGGCAACCGUAAAUGACUGGAUUUACAUAAAGAUGAAUAAAACACUACUACAAGCUUU